AUGACGCCAACUCAACUAGCAGAUCGCAUCGCGCCUUUUCCUGAGGGGAGAAGGGGCAGAAACAAACGCACUCGUGAGACGGAAAUCUUUCCUGUGUGUAACAAGGGCUGGUAUGGGCCCACCUGGGCCUCGCUGAGCGGGACUCGCGGCGUGGAGAAAUUCCGGGGGCCGCACUCGACUCGCCCGCCACUCGCCCUCUUUCCCUCCCCGGGCCCGCAGCUGCCCCGCACCCCAGGCCUGCGGCUCGCCCGCCCCCGCCUACCCCUGCGCUCCGCUCCCCGCCCGGCAGCCCCGCCGGAAAUGCGUCCCGGUCCGCCACCGAGAGCGGCUCCCCCGCCACCCGCGCUCCUCCGGCCCGGAGGAGGAAAGCGCCCGCCGCUGCCGCCGCCGCCUCGCCCGCCGUCGCCGCCGCCCUCCCUAACUCGUCCCUCGCGCUGCCUCGGGCCGUGCUGGGCGGCGGCGGAGCCGCUCUGCGAUCUGCGCCCUGCCCCCGGCACUUCAGCGCCGCGGCGUUCGUCCCCGGAGGUCUCCGUUUAG